GCGGCAGGCAGUGGUUCUGUAUUUGGGUUUUUUUACAGCUAGCUGGUAGUUGCGUCUCCAUGCAGCCUUGCAGGAAGAAAUGGAGGAAAAUGGGACGCCGCCGUUUUGAUGUUUUACACUGAAAGACCCGCACGGCUGCCCCAGUUUUAGGUGGUUGAUGCACACUGCUACCCUGCUGCCUCCCAGCGACCGUCAUGCCUUAUGGAAAAUCCAUCCGCCAUCAAUGACAUUCCACCGGGGUCCGUGUUUACAACAACAGAUCAUUUAGCCAAUAAUUAGCCUCACUGCAGCUUCUUUUUAAUAAAGCCUGCUCCCUUUGCAAAGCACACCACCCCAGCUUCAUACCUGUGCUCUUUUGUUUCACUCCAAUCAGUUUUUUUUCUCUUUUCGCAAGAGGCUGACCCCCUAUCAUGAGAUUCCGAAUCUACAAGAGGAAGGUGGUGAUACUGACUCUGGUGGUUAUCAUCUGUGGCCUUGCUUUCUGGAGCAGCGGAAGGCAGAAGAAGAACGAAAGUGGAGCAUUCCCUAAGGAGGUGGAGACGGUUAGGAGAAGCAGCAGCAUUAGCAGUAGCAGCAGUAGCAUUAAGAAUCAUAUCCAGGUGCAAGCUACACCUGCAGUCAGCCGGGCACCCGUUCCACCUCCCGUUAUACAAACAAAUGACACACACCAGGAGAAAGCUAAGGAUAAAGAGAAGAUACCCAAACCAGAGGUGGAUAACACCACUUUGGUGUACAGGGGCAUUGUCUUCCAGCUCAACUUUGACCAGACAAUAAGAAACGAGGAAAAAUUUAAGACGGCGCGGCAGAAGGAUGAUCUGGUAGUAGUGGUUCAGGUUCAUAACCGACCAGACUACCUUAAACUAUUAGUUGACAGUCUGAGGAAGGCCAGAGGAGUGGAGAACAUACUGCUGAUAUUCAGCCAUGACUUCUGGUCUCCAGAGAUAAACAAAGUGGUGGCCUCUGUUGACUUUUGUCAGGUUCUCCAGAUUUUCUUCCCCUUUAGUAUCCAGCUGUACCCUCAGGAGUUCCCGGGACAUGACCCCAAGGACUGCCCCAGAGACAUUCCUAAAAAAGACGCCUUAAAGCUGGGCUGCAUCAACGCAGAGUACCCUGACUCGUUUGGCCACUACCGUGAGGCAAAGUUUUCCCAAACCAAGCACCACUGGUGGUGGAAGCUGCACUUUGUUUGGGAACGAGUCCGGGCUAUCAAGGAUCAUAAAGGUCUGGUACUACUGAUUGAAGAAGACCACUUCUUGUCCCCGGAUUUUAUCCAUCUCUUAAAGCUGAUGUCGUCUCUGAAAAGGGAGCAGUGCACCGACUGCGACAUCCUCUCACUGGGAAGCUAUAGCCACAUCGGCUACUCCAGCAAAGCCAACAAGGUGGAGGUGAAGGCAUGGAAGUCCACUGAGCACAACAUGGGGAUGGCGCUGAGCAGAGAGACGUACCAGAAACUUAUCCAGUGCACCGACACGUUCUGCACGUAUGAUGACUACAACUGGGACUGGUCCUUGCAGCACCUGACCGUGUCCUGCCUGCCCUCUUACUGGAAGGUCAUGGUGUGCGAGGCGCCUAGGAUUUUCCAUGCCGGGGACUGCGGCAUGCACCACAAGAAAGCUUCCUGCAUGCCAAUCAGCCAGAAAACUAAGAUAGAGAACAUCCUCCAGAGCAGCGGGAACCAACUGUUCCCAAAAAACCUCUUGAUCACAAAGAGACUGCCUGCCAACGGGGCCGGAGGGGUGGCCCCGCAUGUGAAAAACGGGGGCUGGGGAGAUAUCAGGGACCAUGAACUCUGCAAGAGUUAUGUGCGAUUACAGUGACCUUAAUUACUACUAUUAUAUAUAAUUGUCUCUUUUGCAUCCUCUAUAAAGAAAAAAGCCUUUUAAAGUAAAUCUUUAUGGACUAUUCUUCAUAUUGCCUGUUUUACUGGACUGUUCCAAAUAAAGACGAAUGUUGGAUUUUUGGCUUCUUUAACACAAA